CCAUCAGCGUGAAUUCGCGUGACAACUUAACAAAAACAUUUUCAGAAAACGAGUGCACAGUUUAAAUUAACUUGUGACGCAUUAAGUUCGUUUUGAGGAUUUUACUUUAAAACCUUAGAAAUCUGCAUAAAAAUGGAAACGCACAACUUAAUUUCCACUUUGCCCGAGAUAAUUUCUCAAAUCAUGGAAUUCCUGCCCAGCUCCGACUUAGAAUCGGCCUCUCUCGUCCAUCCCACGUGGGAAAAGGAAGCCCUUAGACACCUCCUGAUACGAAAUCCGGUCGAUGUCCUCCUCACCAAUUCCAAGGCCCUUCUCCCCCUUAGGAAACUAUCCCCCAAACACCUCAACGUAAUUGUCUGUGCGCCCGAGGAAAAUGCGGAGACUUUUUGGUCAAAAAUAGAUUCACUUGCAGCAACUAGCACCGUGACCAAAUUCUCUAUAUACCCCUCGACAACUCCUUCCGCCACGUGGCGUCUUCUUUUGUCAAGAUCUAUGAACCUUUCAAAAACUUGAGAUCUCUCGAAUUUCAUCUCAUUUUGGUCAAUCCCAAAGCAUUCUUUUCUUCCGAUCGAAACUGGGCCGACCUACUUCCACAUGAUUCACACGUCCCCCACAAACUGACCACUUUGACCCUUAACAUGUCCAAACUCUAUCCCGACAAACAACUCGGGCGAUGGGGCAACGUGGUCUCGCUAACCACCCGAUUUCUAACUAUGUUCAGCCAGGUGCAAAUUCUCAAAAUGAUGGUCACUCCUGGC